AUGGCCUCAUUUGCUGCUGCAGUAAAGACGAACACCGAGAGUCGGAGAGGCACUGGUGUGCCCUUUAUUCCUGUCUUCUCGCCCGAACACCAUUUAACUUGGACAUUUUUGGGUAUAUGGCACCAUGGAGUGCAGCUUCCGCCUGUAUGCGCCUGCUCGGGAUGGUCCACUUACGACCGAUCCAUAGAUCUGCUUGAAUUGGGUAGCUUCAAUCUUUCCCGAGUCACACUUAUUCUCAAAGAACUAGAGGGCUUCUACGCGUCGCUCGACACUGUCGAUCAACGCCUGCGAAACGAUAGCCCGGAAUUCGGAUUGAAUACGGAGUACGGAGAGUGA